AUGACGUUGAUGUAUGAUGAUGCUGAUGAUACACCGGACCCACCAAUCAAACCCACACCAGACCUACCAGCAAACCAGAACCCACCAGCACACCUGACCUACACCACUGGCCCCAGUACACCAGAACCCACCAGCACACCAAGACCUACAAUCACACCAGGACCUCACCAGACACCAGACCCAACAGCACACCGGGACCUACCAGCACACCCUGGACCCACCACACUGGGAAACACCAGCACACCAGAACCUACCAGCACACCAGGACCUACCAGCACACAAGGACCUACCAGACACCUGGACCCACCAGCACACCAGGACCUACCAGCACACCAGGACCCACCAGACCUACAAGCACACCAGGACCCACCGAGCACACCAGGGCCUGCCAGCACCGGGAGCCUACCAGCACACCGAACCUGCCAGCACACCGGGCCUGCCGGUACAGAACCUACCGGUACGCAGGGCCUACCAGCACCGGGGCCUGCCGCGCACCCGGGACCUACCAGCACACCAGAACCUACCAGCACACCGGGCCCCAACCAAACCUGCACACACACCAGGACCUACCAGCACACCGGGCCUGCCAGCACACAGACCCUGCCAGCACACCAGGACCUCCAGCACAUCCAGGACCUACCAGCACACCGGGACCUACCAGUACUGAGACCUGCCCACCAGGACACACCUUUUGAGACCUGCAGAACACCGGGACCUACCAGUACACCAGGACCUACCAGCACACCAGGACCUACCAGUACCAGAACCAGCCAUCGAGACCUGCAACACCAGGACCUACCAGCACACCAGGACACUGUUUUGAGACCAGACACACCAGGUUCUGGCAGGACCUGCAAACACACAGACACCAACACACCGAGACCCACAACACCAGGACCUACACCAGUACCAGGACACAGUACACCAGGACCCAACCUGCACAUACACUGGGACCUGCCAGCACACAGAACCUCCAGUACACGACCUGUUCUUGGAUUACAGACCACCAGUACACCAGAACCUCUUUUUCUUUAG